AACCUGCUUUUCUUCAUUGCUUAAACAGGACCUUUUUAUUUCGCAGUCUUAUCUUGUCUACUUGAGGGUGCAAAGACCAGUUUGGGAGCAUUUAGCAAACCCACCUUAAUAUGAAAUGUGAAGUCACCAUAAAAUGCAAGUAUACUUGCCAGCUGUGUUAUGUAGCUUACUUCAGAAGGAAUCAGCAUUUAGGUUUGAUUUGGCUGGAAGACCUUACUGUUCAGAUCAAAAUUAUAAAUAAACAAGCUCCACGUAUAAAUACUGUAAACAUUGGGUCUAAACUGAACACAGGCGACGAGAUCCAUCUCAAAACUAAUAUAAACAAUAGGCUAUUUUAUAGUAGUUAGUUAUGUGCACUUACUGCAUUUGGUGUAAACUGCGAAUUUUUAAAAUAACUUUGAAAGAGUGCAUUGGUAAUGAUUUAGUUCGAUAAGGUGUGAAAAUAUAAUCCUUAAUAUGUACAUUGGAAUUUCUUCAAGCAUAACUGUUGUGUGUUCAAUAAUAGUGACGUCCACUUUGUGACUGAAUCGUUCUUUUGAGUCGGACCUUUUUGAUGAAUUGGUUGAACCGGUUCUCAAAACGACGAAUUGAACCGAGUCUGAAUAAAGUUUAAUAACAGAUAUAUUGCUAAACAAAACUUGACGGUAUGACUUUUUUUUUCCAAUAUAGACCUAAAAAUGAAUUGGUUUCAGUAAACGGUGUGUUGUAAAGAUAAUCUUUUUCUACCUUAAAUGAAUAACAGGCUAUAUGUGUUUGCAUAUGUUAACCUACAUCUGUUAUUGCCCUACUUUGGUUUUGUUCUGUAAUAUUCUUUGUCCUUGGUAGGAAAUUUUGCAAAAUGGCUGACUUGAUGAGCAAUGAUAUGUUUCUGGCCUUCUCCAAAUAUGCCACUAUUGUAGUCCUCAAAAUGAUGUUCAUGGCUCCUUUGACUGGAUACUUCAGGAUAACCAGAAAAGGUGCACAAAACUGGCACUUUGUUCAGGCCUUUUCAAACUCAGAGGACAGAAAGAAGAUGCUCCAGACCAAUCCUGAUGUAGAACGUGUCCGAAGGUGCCAUCAAAAUGACCUGGAGAACAUCAUUUCCUUUGUGGUGAUUGGUCUUCUCUAUGCAUUCACGGGGCCGGAUCUAUCCACAGCUCUGCUGCACUUCCAAGUCUUUGUGGGGUCACGUUUCAUCCACACGGUGUCUUACCUGUUGGCUUUGCCCCAGCCUAGCAGAGGUCUGUCCUGGGUGGUGGGAAUCAUCACAACUUUCUCAAUGGCCUACAGGGUGCUCACCACAGCACUGUUUCUCUAAAGACACCUUAGCACUGUCGAACAGGAGAGGCCUUUAUUUAUACCUUUUAUUGUCCCUCCCUGGUGUAAUAUUUUCUUAUUAAAAAUGUAUGCAGUUUACAAUAAAAUGUUAACUAUUUUUUUUUUAUUCAUUUCCAGUUCCCAAUGACAAUUUCCAGGUGUUAUUGAGUGUGUAGAGGUGCUUUUGUAAUGUCACUGUCUCAACUAACAAACUUUUGUUAACAGUCAACAAGUCGUUGUCACAAUGACUCAGCAUUAAACAGAGGGUUGCUAUCAAUGCCAACAGGCUUUUAGGAUGCAUUCCAAGCUCUCAAAUUCUGCUCAAACUUUAAAC